AUGGAUCUCGAGAUAUUUCAAAGCCCACUGAUAGUAUCAUUAAAUGAAAAUAUUCACCUGACAUGCAAGGUAACAGGCUAUACUGGUGGUCCCAUUGACCCAGAAAGGGUAGGAAUUCAAUGGAAGCUCAAUGGAGAAACAGAUGUGUGUUCUUUCGCGAGAGAUCAACAUAAUGCAAAGCGACCAGGAGCAUUAAUUAAUGAUCGCAAUCUACUGAAGGGAGAUGCCUCACUUUUCCUUCCACGAGUACAGAUUGCAGAUGAAGGAAAUUACACUUGCACUGUGUUCAUAACACCCGACAGUGCAGAACGGACCUCAGAAAUACAAGUAUCAGAAUCACAGAACACUCUCUCAAAAGAUAAUGUCGGGAUUGACAAUCAAGUGGAACUUUUGGAUGAGACACAAAAUCUGAUUGGAGCAGAAACUGAGGAAAGCAAGGUGACGUUGAAAGACAGUCCAAGUUUUGUGGAAGUAGUACGUAAUGAAAAUGGUCUUCUAGAAUGCGAAAUUGCUGAAUUCACCGGAUCCAAAAUGACUCUGCAGAACUCGAGCGUUUUAUGGUCUUUCACUAGUCGUGCUGAAAAAUCAAAUGCCUUUGUCUACACUUCUGGAGUAAUAAGAGAGAAAUGGAAAGAAGCAGAGCUAUUGAGCAGCUCUAUUACACGUGGAAACAUGUCACUGUUGCUAAAAGAUGUUGUUUAUAAACAUGCUGGACAAUACCAAUGCGAAGUUUACAUUCCACCAAAUGAUAAAGCCACUAAGACAGUAACACUUGAAGUUUUAGCACGACCUACAGUAAUAGUGACUUCAGAAAAAACUGUGGAAGUUGGAACAGGUGGCGAGAUGGCUUUAAGUUGUCAGUUAAGUGGAUAUUAUCCUUGUGAAAGCAAUACUGAAUGGUUACAGACAACCCCAGCACAAGGAAAACCAAAAGUGUUGACUGAUAUUUGCAUUGCCCCACCAGUCAAAAACCUUGAUGGAACAUGUAACAUAAGCACUGAAGUUAGAUUAGAGCCUGGAGUAGAAGACAUUGGGAGCACUUUCACAUGCCGUGUCUUUCAUAAGUCUUUUACAAAACCAUACCAGGUAGAAGCUUUGGUGACUUUGAAAGAAGCAGAAAUUCAUUUGUCCAAAGCUUCAAUAAUCGGAAGCAUCAUUGGGAGCAUCGUUACUUCUGUUCUUGUACUCGGACUAGGAAUUUAUUUCUAUAUGCGAUUCUAUUAUAAAGUUGCACCAAAUGUGUCAGAAAUUCAAAAACCUAUGCAAGUUAUACACCAAGAACCUGCAGAACUUACUUGCCAAGUGUCUGGAUUUCGACCUAGUGUUAUUACUAUUGCCUGGUAUUUGAAGAGAUUGAAAGAUGCUGAAAUGAAGUUGAUUGCUGAAUGGCAGGAAGACAACGUAUUGCGUUUCCCUUUGAGCAAGGCCAAGAAAAUAGAAAAGGCUGUAAAAAGGAAUGAAACUGAUGAUGAUUGGAAAGUCAGGGCAGGCAGUAUCCAGAAAAGUGAUGAUGGAACUUUCAGCAUUUCCAGCAUUCUCAAGAUUUAUCCUGACAUUUUUAUGGACAGUGAAGCAGAAAUCACAUGUAAGGUGAUGCAUCCAUCUAACAGUGAAGCCAUUUGUAAAAAGAUCAAACUCCAUGUUGAUGGAAUUCCUCCUAAGUUGGCACACAUAAUUAAGCCACCUGUGGUGCUGCACAACAGUUCUGUGAUGCUGACUUGUCCAAUAAGUUUUUUCAAGCCACGCCCUCUAAAGAUCACAUGGUAUAAAAAUGAGCGUGGAAAGAAAAUCCCUUUGCUGGUUUUAGACAAUGCAAAUGAAAGAAAUAUAUAUCCAGAGAAAUAUUCCCAUUAUAUGAGUGGAUUUAAUUAUUCUGACCGCACUUUCAGUGUCUACAGCACAAUACGUUUUAAUGUAACAAUCCAAGAAGAAGAUAAAAGUCAGUACUUCUGUGCAGUUGAACACAUUGGCUUGAGCAAUCCAGUAGAGGAACAGGUUCAACUGAAUGUGAAAGCUUUUCCUUCUCUUGAUGCCAUCUUAAGUGAUCCUGUGAACCCUGUAAUUGGAAAAAUGUUGACUCUGACCUGCAGAGUGCAUUCAUUUUAUCCUGAAAGUAUUACUGUCCAUUGGUUGAAAGAUGAUGUUAUAGUGGAAUCAAAAACACCUAAAACUGAUCUAAAUUCCAAGCUUGGGUUGCACGAAUUUACCAGUUCAUUUACAAUUACUCCAACCUUAUCAGACCUACAGAGUAAAUAUAAAUGCCAGGUUGAUCACGAGAGCCUUAUGUAUCCAAGAUUUGCAGAAUAUAUUCCUGAAAAUUUAGUAUCCCAUCCUAAAGUAUCUGAAAUUACAUGCAACCCUGACAUCCCUGAAGUAGAGAAAGAGUUGACUUUAACCUGUACUAUAAGUGACUAUUAUCCAGACGAUAUUCAAGUUGAAUGGUUCAGAAAUGAGGUGAGAAUUAACACUCCUGUAAGACAUGAAAAAAUUGAGGAACAAUCAUCCUGUAAAGAUGGUCUGCACAGCAAAGUCACCAUGGUAACUUUAACACCGAGUACAGAUGAUCAUCAAGCUGAAUAUAGAGUCGAAGUUUGCCAUUCAAAAUCUUCAACCAAACCAAUUAAGAAAUACUUCCAGUUAACCCUUAAAGGCUCACCCAAAUUUUCGGUGUUCAUGAUGGAGCCAGAGAACCCUUCAUAUGGAAAGGACUUAUCUGUGUCCUGUUCAGUUUCUGGAAUUUCCCAUCCAAAUGUUACAGUUGAAUGGUAUAAAGAGUGUCAGUUAAUUAACAAUGGAGUCACAAAAACAAAGCCUAUACUUACCUCGGAAAACACUUACAAGGUAGAUGCGCGUCUGAAAUUUUUCGUGACUGCAGAAGACUUUGAAAGAGAAUUAUUCCUUCAGUAUAAAGACAAUGACAAAGGUGAUACAUUUAAACGAGAUAUUCACCUGCCCCUCCAAGCUGUGACUCCUGAAGUGUCAGAAAUAGAGUGUCAACCUGCUCAUCCCAAAAAGGGUGAAAAGGCUACUCUUUAUUGCAAGAUUGACCAUUUUUGUCCCGUGGAUAUACUGGUUGUUUGGAGCAAGGGAUGGACAGAAUGCAAGGAUGAGAAAAACACAGAAACACCCAAAAUCGAUGAGAAGGGGCUUUACUCUACAGUGACAAGUUUGCCCAUUGACGUAGUUGAAGGCAGAACAGAGUACACUUGUGAAGUUCGGCACCUUAAAACUAAUGAUAUUGUAGAGAAGACAUACGUUCUGCACGUUUAGAUUUUCUACCCUACACAAACAUCUAACUGAAAGAUAUUCUGUUUCAUGGAAUAGACUGCACUUUAAAUAAAGUUGUGCAUAUUAAGAAUGGAAUCUUUAUUGAAGUAAACGAAUACUAAUUACCAUCUGUUAAACCGCACCUCAACAGGAAUUCUAUAAGUAUCAUGCUCAGGUGUAAACUGUGAAAUUGAAUUAAAAAUUUGAUAUUUUGUCUCACACUGAAGGAAACAUCCCAUAGAAGCCUCUUUUAAAGAUGCCUACCUUUAAGAAGUUACCCUCCUCCUCCAUAAAGACCUCAGUGGAUCUCUGUCCCACUGCAACCCUCUUGUAAUCUCUUCGGCCCCGAAACUGCACGACCACAUA